UGUCAUAACCCCGCGCUACGGCAACAAUUGCCCCUCCAAAAUUUUUGAAUCAAACAAGAAGCUUUCCAUUAAUACUUCCUCGAUCAAUCGAACCUUUGUCCGACAAAACAAACGGUCCCUCGACAAAACUGUGCAUUUAUAUAUCGAAGUUAUUUGAACCGAAAGACGAUAUUCGACAUGCCUGGAGCUGAAGAAUCAGGCGAUUUGGUGAAACAGACGCCAACCGAUUUCUUCGAGUCUAUCGGCCAUAAAGCCGAGCAUCUUGCGCCCGUUACCAAUGGAACCAACGGCGUUGCGCAUGCAGAUGAGGAUGAGAAAGUUGUCGAGGAAAUCGAGUCUUUAUGCAUGAACUGCCACGAAAAUGGCACGACGCGCAUGCUUCUAACCAAGAUUCCCUACUUUCGCGAAGUUAUCCUUAUGUCCUUUUCCUGCGACAAGUGUGGCUUCUCCAACUCCGAGAUACAAUCUGCGGGUACUAUCCAGCCAAAGGGUUCGAGCUACCUGUUGCGUUUAACCGAAAUGGCCGACUUCGAAAGACAGGUAGUCAAAUCCGACACUGCCAUCGUCAAAUUCAUCGAACUUGACCUCGAGGUACCCGCAGGCCGUGGACAGCUUACGAACGUUGAAGGUCUUUUGACUACAAUUGUAGAUGACCUAGAGCUUGGACAGGAGACGCGAAAAGAACAAGCGCCGGAAGUAUAUGAUAAAAUCGAAGAGAUCAUCAAGAAAGGACGCGAGAUGCUUGCUGGGGAGGCAUUCCCCUUUAGGCUCUCUGUUGAUGAUCCCGCCGGGAACUCUUGGAUCACGCCUAACAUGCGCGACGGUGUUGGGAAGUGGGAGAAACACGAAUACGUCCGUUCCCCCGAGCAAAAUGAGGCCCUGGGUCUCGCUGCCACGAACCCAGCCGGCGGAGCUUCUGAGGAUGACGAGGAUAUUAUCCCAGACCAAGUAUACGAGUUUCCAGCUACAUGUCCCGGAUGCAUGCACCCUUGCACAACUAACAUGAAGAUGGUUGAUAUCCCACACUUUAAGUCCGUUGUGUUGAUGUCAACUGUCUGUUCGGACUGCGGGUACCGAUCGAAUGACGUUAAGACCGGAGGUGAAAUACCAAAGCUAGGCAAGAAGAUCAUACUAAGAGUCGAGACUGCGGAGGAUCUUGCCCGAGACAUACUGAAGAGUGAGAGCUGCUCACUGGAGUGCCCUGAGCUCAAUCUCCAAGUAAACCCUGGAACGCUAGGGGGGCGAUUCACUACUGUUGAAGGUCUCCUAACACAAGUACGGAACGAUCUUCACAACCAGAUAUUUGAGACUGGCGCGGAAGGAGGCGACUCUUUAGGUGCCGAUGAAAAAUCGCAAUGGACUUCGUUUUUCGAGGGCAUAGAUGCUGCCAUCAAGGGCGAGAAGAAGUUCACUGUUAUCCUUACCGACCCCCUCGCAAGUAGCUAUGUCCAGAAAGCAGUUGAUCCCGAUCAGGAUGAUCCCCAGAUCACGACGGAGGACUACGAGCGGACGGACCAAGAAGAGGAAGACCUAGGUCUCCGCGAUAUGAAGGUUGAGGGCUAUGAGGAAGACAACACGAAUGGUUCUGCGGAGGUCAAUGGCGCAUAAUGGUUUGGUGAAGAGGAUGGUUGUAUAGAAUUACCCUAGUAACUGGAGCAUCAAGAUACCUGGUUGGAGUCCGAGGAAGAGCUUGAGGACAACAUGAUAUGGAUAACCUUAGUAAAACUAAAAGUGCUUUAUUAUUAACCCCUUUAGUGUUUUAUGGUUAUGGAGUAAAUUAUUUUAUCACGAUUGUUGGUUUCGUAACUACGUACGUACAUCGUUCUCCAUUUCGCUAUUCAUAUGUGCGGGCUCGUAAACAGGUUAUUCAAGGAUGUAAGACUGCGAUUAUAGUAACAUGAUUCAGAGAUUUGU